UGUUAACCAUUGAGGUGCUCUAGCAAUGUGAGCAUUAUGGCGUUUCCUGAGGGAGCAGCCUUAAGGAAGGUUCCACUUUUUUCAUCUUCCCAGAGCACCUCAAGUUCUCUUGUGAACCUGCUCGAUCAGGUCAAGGACUGAGUGAUGGGAAUAGAUCAACCAGGUUCCUGAGGAAGGGAGUAAGGCACAAGUCACCUAAUUGAAGCUGGUGCCUUGAGGCUGUAGGGUUGGGCCAGGUCCUGGCAAGGAAUAAGUUUACCCAUCAAAAGGAGAGCCUACAAAUUUCAAGUUUGGUGGAGACAAACCAAAACUAAUUGAGGGGAAAAGGCACUCAGCUGGGGAGUUGGUGAUUAGGGCAGUGGUGUGCUUCAUAUUUGAACCAUUGACCUAUUUUGUCGGGAGAACAAAGCCCAGGAAGGCUCCAGAUUAAUUCGCUGACUCUCCUGGGCCCUAUAAAAAGCGCCAUUCCAGUCCACUGUCUUAGAGGGUUCUUGCUCUUCCUUUGCUACUCAACUCUGUUGUCUUCCUCCAUUCCAAGGAAAUGCUGAGUCAUCAGUCUACCCGGUCAUCUCAGACCAGUAAGGGUUUCAGUGGACGCUCUGCCACGAUCUCUGGUCAGAGCUACAGCACCUCUAGGAGAUCCAAAUCAGCCUCCCGAUCAGGAGGGAUGAGCAUGGCCACUGCCUGUGCCAUGAUAGGUGGAGGAUUUGGCAGCAGAAGCAUGUAUAACCUGGGAGGAAGCAAGAAGAUCUCCUGUAGUGUGGCUGGGCCCAGCUUCUGUGGUGGCCAGAGUGGUGGCUUUGGUGGAAAAGGCAUGGGCAGUGGUUUUGGAGGAGGAUCCUACAGCUUUGGAGGAGGAUUCAGUGGUAUCAGAGGUGCAUCCAGUGGUUUCGGUUGUUCUGGUGAUUUUCCCGUUGGCAUUCAAGAAGUGACCAUCAACCAGAGUCUCCUGCAGCCCCUGAAUGUGAAGCUUGACCCCCAGAUUGGGGUGGUGAAGACCCAAGAAAAGGAGCAGAUUAAAACCCUCAAUAACAAAUUUGCUACUUUUAUCGACAAGGUUCGGUUCUUGGAGCAACAAAACAAGGUUCUAGAGACCAAGUGGUGCCUCCUGCAACAGCAGACAGAGAGCUCCAGCUCCAGUUCCAAUAACUUGCAACCAUUUUUUGAAUCCUACAUCAACUGCCUCCAGUCCCACCUGGAUGGGCUCCUAAGGGAGAGGAGCAGCCUGGAGGGAGAACUGAGUACGGUACAGAACCUGGUGGAGGAAUACAAGAAAAAGUAUGAAGAUGAGAUUAAUAAACGAACCACAGCUGAGAAUGAUUUUGUGGUGCUGAAAAAGGAUGUGGAUUCUUCCUACAUGACCAAAGUGGACCUGGAGGCCAAAGCAGAGGGCCUGUCAGAUGAGAUCAACUUCCUGAAGGCUCUCUAUGAAGCUGAGUAUUCCAAUGUGCUGUCAGAAACAAGUGACACCUCUGUGAUCGUCUCCAUGGACAACAACCGAAAUCUGGAUCCGGACAGCAUCAUUGCUGAGGCCAAAGCCGUUUUCGAGGAGAUGGCCCAAAAGAGCAAGGCUGAUGCGGAGGCCCUAUACCAGUCCAAGAUCGGGGAGCUAGAGAUCACAGCUGGCAAGCAUGGGGAUGACCUGAGGAAUACCAAGAGUGAGAUCGCUGAGCUCAGCAGGGUGAUCCAGAGGCUGCAGGCUCAGAUAGAAAGCGUUAAGAAGCAGAAUGCAAACCUGCAAACGGCCAUCGCAGAUGCCGAACAACGUGGGGAACUUGCCCUCAAGGAUGCCCAGGCUAAGCUGGCUGAGCUCAGGGAAGCCUUGCAGCAAGCCAAGGAGGACCUGGCCCACUUGCUCCAGGAAUACCAGGAGCUGAUGAACAUCAAGCUGGGCCUAGACAUUGAGAUUGCCACCUAUAAGAAGCUCCUGGAAAGUGAGGAGUGCAGAAUGUCUGGGGAGUGCCAAAACACUGUAUGUAUUUCUGUAGUCAGCAACACUAGUACAAGCACCGGCUUUGGAGGCCAUUCCAGAAGAGGAAGCAGAGGGGGACAGGGCACUGGAGGGAACAGCAUCUCAGGCUCUGGCUCUGGCAAUCGUGGAGACCAGACUGUGAUUACCGGCCAGAGCUCCCAGUCUGGAAGCAGAAGAGUCACCAUUGGCCAAAGUUCUGGAGAGAGUGGCAGCUCACGUUCAGCCAGGAUUGUCCAGACCACCACCAGCAGCCAGCGCUCCACAACCAAGUAUUAAAGUUUAGCCACUGCCCUGGCUCCCUGGCCCCCUCCUUGCCCUCCGGAUCAAGAGCAGAGUCUGAGAGAUGAGUCUUCUUUGGCCUUGGAACCAUCAUGUAUCUCAGCAUCUUGGUGGGCGAAGGCACUGGGGGAGAGUUUGAUUUGCAUGUUCGCUUGUCAGGGAUAAUGCAGAAGAGAUUGCUCUUUCAUGUAUUCAUUGGACUAGAUGACCUAUGGGGUCCUCUCCAAAUCUGAGAUUUCUGUGAUAUGAGUUGAGGUUCUUCCAUUAGGAUUUUGUCUCCACUUCCAAUCCCAGCACAGUCCUAUGUUUGAAUGCAUGCUUUGCCCUCUCUCUUUUCUAUGUUUCUUUCUUCAAUAAACUGC